AUGAACGCCUCUCAGCCGGAGGUGUGUUGUGCCUUUGAGUCGCCCAUCCUGGACCAGGUUCUGCCUCCGGUUCUUAUCCUGGAGUUCAUGUUUGGAUUAAUGGGGAACGUUUUGGCUCUGGGGAUGUUCAUCUUCUACAUGGACACCUGGAAGCCCAACUCCGUGUACCUGACUCACCUGGCCGUCGCCGACUCCAUCGUGCUGUUCUGCUUGCCCUUCAGGGCGGACUACUACAGGCGCGGGAAGGACUGGAUCUACGGCGACGUCCCGUGUCGUCUCCUCCUCUUCUUGCUUGCUGCCAACCGCGCAGCGGGGAUCUUCUUCCUCACUGCUGUGGCCGUGGACCGGUACUUUAAAAUCGUCCACCCGCGGAACCCGAUAAACCGCCUGGGUCUGGGCUACGCUCUGCUGGUCUCCCUCGGCCUUUGGGGACUGAUUUUUCUCGCCACCGGGUAUCUGCUCGCUAAUGAGCACUUCUUCUACAACAGCAACCGCACACAGUGUGAGAGCUUCAACAUCUGCAUGGGCUUCACCCCCCUGUCCACCUGGCACAACGCUUUUUAUGUCAUCCAGUUCUUCCUGCCCACCGCCAUCGUGGCGUUUUGCACCAUCAGAAUCACCUGGCAGCUGAGGAACAGGACUCUGGACAAAAAGGGGAAGAUCAAACGCGCCGUUCAGUUCGUAGCCGCCGUGGCUCUCAUCUUCAUCACCUGCUUCUUCCCCAGCACCGUGUCCCGCAUCGCAGUGUGGAUCCUGAAGGUGUGGUAUGACGAAUGCAGACAUUUUGAAAAGGCCAACCUGGCUUUCUACACGUCCGUCUGUUUCACCUACUUCAACAGCGUCCUCAACCCCGUCGUUUAUUACUUCUCCAGCCCGGCUUUCAGCGGCACCUUCAGGAAGGUGCUGAACAGGCUGCUGGGAAGAAGUGAGGACAAAGACCCAGCGCAGUUGUCAGACAAUAACAUUUCCACCAUCGAUGGUGACGGAAUCUAAAAGCUGAUGUCCACGGAGAUGUCUGGAAACAUCUUUUUAUACAUUUAUAGGCCCAAUAAAAGGUAGAAAAGUGAUGUGAAGCAGAGCUGUGUUAAAUCUAAAUAAUCACCAUUAAUGAAGAGAUGGUUGACAAUAAAUAUUAAAGGUAAACGCCGGUUCUUCCUCAGGGUACAGGAAAUGUAGAGUUAAAAUGGAGCAGGCUCAUGAAAUAAAACUGCUUAUCUGGAUUCCUCUAUUGUGCGAGAUGUUUACUUGGUUUAAAGAAAUCAUUAAAUCUGAGCAACAAUCUAGUUUUUCUUUACCCGCAGCAUUUUUUGCAGUUUAACAAUGGCGUAGGGUUGAUAAAGUCAAAAAAUAAAUAAUUUCAGGUUUGGAACAAACUAUUAAAAUGUUCUCAGAUUUUCAAACUCAUGUUUUAGAAAUGCUUUCUCAGUUUUUCUCUGCCGUUCCUUUUACUGCCUUGUCCGUAAUUUUAUUAC